AAGAGUUUUAUUUACUUUGGGGUACACAUGAGGAAAUUUGAUGAAGACGCACUUCCUUAACUUGAUCAUUAGACCUGUGUGCUUUCAAACUGUCACCAUGUCUUUCCUGGACACUCUGCGUCAGUGGGAUGAGGCUGUGACCUAUGUGGACCGAGGGGAUUUGUCAAACGCUCUGAGGAUCUUUCUCUCUAUCCAAGAACCAAACUCCAAAAUCUAUUUUGACAUUGGCUGCCUUCAGCUUCUCAACGAAGACCUGGAAGCUGCUGAGAAGGCCUUCGAUUGCAGCAUAGGAAAAGACGAGCACCUUGCCGUUGCCUUCUUUCAAAGAGGAAUAACAUUUUACAGAACCAAGAGGUUUGAGGAGAGUUUAGGUGAUUUCAAACACGCCUUCAAAACCCUGAGAGGAAACCAGCUGAUCGACUACAAAGCUCUUGGCCUCAGAUACAAACUAUAUGCAUGUGAGGUUCUUCAUAACAUGGCUCUGUCUGAGGCUCAACUGGGAAACUGGGAGAAAGCUCAGGAGAACCUUGUGAAAGCUCUCGACUUUAAGACGGAGAACAAGCUCAGUGUCAUUGACCGAGCGCUGGAGUCCACACUGAAACAAAAACUUUUCAAACUGGUGGAGUUCCCAUCUAAAGUUCUCUUCAAACCAAAUAAACACUACGUGGCUGAGCUGGAGAAGAAGGACUACCUGGGCAAAGCAAAGAUCAUUUCCUCUGUAGUUCCUCAGGAUGAUUUCUCUGGAUUUGCACCGUUACAACCACAGGUAGAAGAUGGUCCAGUUCACCCUAAAGAACCUGAGGUUCUGAGGGCUUUAGAGGGAGAACCGCACAUCGUCUUGUUUGAGUUUGUUCCUGAGACUAGUGACGAGCUUGCUGUUGUGCCGGGUAACGUCGUGUUUGUGCUGCAGAAAGGAACUGACAACUGGGCGUCUGUCGUCUUCAAUGAAAGAAGAGGGCUUGUUCCUUACAACUACCUGGAGCGUUAUGAGAUGUCGUUAGCUUCAAAGCAGAACAAGCAAGGGAUUUCUGUCCCUCCAACUCGAGAACCUCCAACCAGACCUGAAAGGAAACAAGGUGGUACUCGCAGUGAUAAAAAAAGUGGAGAGACACGAUCAAAGGAUUCGCAGCCUGCAGACAAUUCAUUCACCGUUAAAGUCCGCUCCUCGUUCACCUUUGCUGUCUCAGUACCAGCUGAGUCUUCAAAUGCAAUACUGAUCGACAAAAUCAGCAAGAAACUGAAUCUCCCAUAUAAUGGGAUCACCUUAAGUCUGACCUCUGAGGAAACAGAACAAAGUGUAAUCAAUGCAGACUCAGACAUGGAGAAUGUGUGGAGUCGUGCAAAAGGCAGACGCAUCACUCUGUGGUGUCACACCAAAGAGCAAACUGAUGGAGAGCCUCAGACAGAGAUUCACUUUGUGGCCCUUCACUCCUACGAGUCUUCAAAUCCAGAAGAUCUCAAUUUUCAUGAAGGAGACAAAAUCAUAUUCCUCUCUAGAGUUAACCAGGACUGGUUGGAGGGCCAGUGUAACGGGAACACUGGAAUAUUUCCUGCAGCUUUUGUGGAAGAGGUUCCUCUCAGUAUGCAGUGAUUUUAAUGAAUGGCUCAAAGCAAGAAAAGCUAGUGGUAGAGAGAAGUGGCCAAAGCUAGAACCCCUUUUAUAAUGGGCUAAUUUAAAGAUAGAACUAAUUUAAAGCUGCUACAGUCAGUCCAUCAAGAGGAAACUGUCAGCUAUUUUAAUGGUCUUUUUCGUGUUUUAGUCAUGUCUUCAAUAAACAUGUCAAAUAUC